GUUGUCAAUGUAAAAAUGCUUGCAUAAGCGAGAAAAUAUUCGACGGCAACCCUCCGCCGACCCCCAAAGCGAAAGCUGGUCUUCCCCAUUACUCAAAAGCCGGAAGCUAAGCCCUCUAACGCUGUUUCGCCAAAAAAGGAUCAUCUCCAAUCUUCCUGCUCCUAUGGCUUUGUGUGGGUGAGGUCCCCUCCUCUUUUCCAUUUAGGUCUCUCAGGCCUUGAUCAGGUAAUUUGCUAAGCAAAUCUGCUGAAUCUGUUGGAUACUGGUCGCGAGCAGCGCGGAUACGCUGUUGUAUUGAGAAUCAGUGAACAUGAGACUGAUUUCCUCCCUUGAACAGAGAAAAUACUCAAAUUUUCAUUUCUUGUGGGCUUAAAACAUUGGAUUCGGUGGUGCGAGGUCUUCUCUUGCUGCUAUAAAAUUCAUUGGUUUCUUACGUCAAAAUCCUUCAACAAUCUACCGCACAUUUUCUGCCGAUUGAGUAAGAAUGGGUGCAUUUUGCUGCUGUCUAUGUGGGGAGGACUUUGAAGAAUACACUCAUCCAAGCAAUCCUGUAUACAGGCAUUGCAUAUGCUUGAGAUAUUUUCUACACCAGCUGUUCUAUGGGUUUGGUCCAACAUUUCAUAGAGUUGAUGGGCGAACUUCUGCUGCAAAUGUGGCCACACCUUUGACUUCAACUGCAGUAAUCACUUCUGUUGACACUUCUUCGUCUGAUACUCAGUGCCUUGUCCCUAGACCUCCUCCAUUUGAGAGUGACAGUCGGUAUUCUCGUUCACAGCGAGAUGGUUUAAUCUCAAGGCGUGAUAAAGCCGUGAACCACAGUCAAGACAAUCAACACAUUCGAAGAAGUGGUAGCAGCACUGAUGUGGAACAGUUGGGUGGUGGCAAGAAGCGGAAUAGCGUAAAUGCUGAAGAAGAAUCCAAAGUUAGUCAUUUUGAAAUGGAAGAAAAUCUUCCUGGCAAAAUAUAUUCUACAGGUUAUGUGCUGAAAAAUUUAGAAGAUGAAGAUGUUUGUCCCACAUGUCUGGAAGAAUACAAUCCAGAAAAUCCAAAAAUCAAAACAGAAUGUUCACAUCAUUUUCAUCUUAGCUGUAUAUAUGAGUGGAUGGAAAGAAGUGACAGUUGCCCAAUCUGUGGGAAGGAGAUGGAAUUUUGUGAGAGCCCCUGAUUCAGUUCCAUUAACCUGCCUGAAGCUCCAUGACCAAAUGCUGAAAGCAUCAGAUACUGGAAUAAUGUGUAAGGCUUUGUUUGGGAUAGCUUUCUAACUGUUUUAUAAAGCAAUUUUUUAGUACAAAAAUUUUUAAAAAACAGGAAAAGAACAGUGUCUAGAAGCUGGCCCAGGCUUCAUUUGGGACAGCUUUGAUAUUGUUUUAUAAAACAGCUUUUUAAUGUAAUUUUUUUUUUAAAAGAAAAUUUUGUACUAAAAAAUUGCUUUAAACCUAAAUAAGAGGAUUGGAGCUGCUGCAGGAAAAUAAAAUAUAAUGGGUUUCUGUACAGCAUUUGAAAAUCGAUUUGAUUGUUACAAGAUUCUCAUUUACUGUAUAGAGAUUUUUAUUGAGUUGAAAGUUCUGCUAUAUUUUAUUGAGUUGAA